UGGCAGGCGUGAGACGCUCCUGGCGGCUGUCUCUCUCGGUCCGUUGGUCCAUCCCGGUUCCCAUUGUCUCCCGUUUUCACUCCUUGAAGACAGCACCGAGACAUCAAACUCAGUUUUCCCUCUCACACCACCUCUUUACGUAACGUUUGGACACUUACCUCGACCUGUAUCCUCACCCUCUCCAUGCGAAAUGUGGACACGCUUUUCUGUCUUUUUAACGUUGUAGAGAUGUAUUCACUGUUACGGAGGAGGCAGUGAUUUACCCGACCAGCGGCUGACCAGAUCGGGGGUUGUUGUGGAGCUGCCGGGGAGAUGCACCGGAGGACUUGUUAGCCAACAGAGACGCCGAAAAAAAGCUUCCACUGUCUGGAGACAUACCACAACAUACUAGCAACACCGUUUUGAGUGGAUAAAACACCAAUUUCAGAUUUAAAAAAAAGCCGAAAUCCUGGAUUACAACCGCGGUUUUGGAGAUAAAAAGAACCACGUGUUUUUGAACGGUGUUAAUGCGAGGAUGUUGCCGCGACAAGCCCGGUACUUCCCCUGAGAGGAGCUGCUCCAUGAGAGGAGGCAGGGAACACUUUCACUUGUUUUCUCCACCCUGAAACAAAUUAGCCUGUUUCAAUGAUCCAAAACCGAGUGGCGCUUAAUCGGAUUAUCAAACAAAAGAGCCUUUAAUUUGGGGAAUACAUCCAUAUAAUCUCACCAUCUCCAAGUGAUUUUUACAGUGUUUGUGGAAGUGGCUACUGUAAGGUGCCAUGCUAAUACUGUGACAGGUAUGCGACUACACAACGUGAUUGUACACUUUCUACUCCAGUAGAAGAGUCACAGUAACCCCUUUCUCAUUGAUCAACAUAGUUUUAAUUGUCAAGAUCACACAUGAUCAGAAACCUGACUUAAUUCUAGACCGAUCAUUCAAAAUACAUCACACAAGCUGACUAUCAAACUGCCUACAGUUGCAGAGUGUUGUCUCUUCCUAUAUAAUUGGCUCCAUGGACAUGUCAAGAACAAUUUGUGGACUUGAUUCAUCCCAAGGCCAACCUUUCCAUCAUUUUGAUCCCUGACCCAAUGUGUGUUGGAAAUCCAGAGAACCACGUUUCAAUCUGUUUAAGUGUCAGCAACCCACCCAUUUGAAUGAAGUAGUAGCCUUUUAUUCCCCUGAGCUCCAGUGAGUACAGGGGCUGCACUCUGUUCGCUGAGGCCGAGCUGCCAGAGCCUCUACCUGGGCGGCCAGCCAACCAGACAGGCCCUCCGGGGGCUUUUUUGGAUUUUGAAGGUCCAGCUGGAGGAUUUGGGAGUUUUACCCAGCGUUUCUGCUCCACCUGGAUCACCGGGGAGAGAGAAAAGAGGACACCAUGGGGUGCUGUAGUGGCAGGUGCACCUUGGCCUUCAUCUGUGGCAUGCAGCUGGUCAGUGUGUUGGAGCGUCAGGUGAUCGACUUCCUGGGCUACCAGUGGGCUCCCAUCCUCACCAACUUCCUCCACAUCAUCGUCGUCAUCCUGGGCCUGUUUGGCACGAUCCAGUUCAGGCCGAGAUAUGUCACCGGGUAUGCCGCCUGGCUGGUGGUGUGGAUGACUUGGAAUGUUUUCAUCAUCUGUUUCUACCUGGAGGUUGGAGAUCUGUCCAGAGACUCUGACCUUGUCCUGACGUUCAACCUGUCCAUGCAUCGCUCUUGGUGGAUGGAGAACGGCCCGGGGUGCAGGGUGACUCCCAUCAGCCCGCCUCCCUCCUGGGCACCCGAGGACCACCGAUAUAUAUCUAUAUCCGGCUGUCUGAUGGAUUUCCAGUUCAUAGAGGUGGCUCACUCCUCGCUGCAGAUACUCCUGGCUUUGAUGGGGUUUAUCUACGCUUGCUAUGUGGUCAAGCUCAUUUCGGAAGAAGAGGAUAGCUUUGAUUUUAUAGGAGGGUUCGACUCGUACGGCUACCAGGGGCCUCAGAAGACCUCCCACCUUCAGCUACAGCCCAUGUACAUGUCAAAGUAAACCCAGAAGCGCUGCCUUACCAACCACCGCCAACUUCUACCACAGGAUGCAGAGGACACUAAGAUAUUCUGCUUCACCUACAACCCCCCCUUCUAGUACUUGGUCACAUAGCUUCCCUGGUCUGUCUUUCUGCUGGUGUUUAAUGGAGUUAGUUCUGUUUGUGAUGAAACACUGGCCUCGUGUGGUUGAACACUGUAACUGUGUGAAACACCAGGACAAGUAGCUGCGGCAGCAACUCCAUUUUCUUUUUUAAGGAAACAAUCAGGAACCAAUGCCUUGCUUCCUCUCGUGAUUUGGGGUAUCUGCAUUGUCAAAGAAACCAAAAGGAUGUAAAGAUCAGGAUUCCAAGAUGUUAACACUUUUUCUUCGAGUGGCUACAGACAAUGCAGAUAAGCCUGACCAAAGAGUAAAAAGAAACACAUCCUCAUGUAAACAGAACAGCCUGUACAACCAUCUCUGGAACGUUUUGCUCUUUGUGCCUGACACAUCAGACACUGAACUUCCAACCACACUGACCCUGCAUCUACUAACAAGACGACCGAUAUAGGAAUGUCCGACAUUUUAUUUUCUACAGUUUUUUGAUUGGUGAAAGUUUUGAGCUUGUUACAAACUCAAGAUGCAAGCUCGAGCACGCGCCACACACUUUAUUCUGUCGUUUCAUCAGAAACGUUGAAUGUGAAACAACAGUGCGACGUGUAGAUUUACAUACUUUCAUUCCAUAUGUGCAUGUGUAUAAAAAACACAUAAGCAUUAACUGAUGCAUAUGUGAAUUCACACAUGCAUGCGCACACACACUCACAAACUAAACAGAUGUGUUAACGUUUUUACUACUAAUGUGAAUCUUAACAAUGUUUACAAUAGAAAUGCAGUCUACCGGACACAGAGACUGACAUACAGGAGACUUUUAAGCUCUAACAUCUCAAAGGCCAAGGGGUGUUUUCUGCCACAUUAAACAGACAGAACAGAUGUUCCACAUGUGUCCUCCGGUUUCUUGCUGUCUAAAUACUUCGUCUUCCAUCCAAGACAGACCAGUAGAGGUAUAUAAAGACGAAACAUGACAAAGAAAACAACCCCUGCAGAGGGAUUGAUGUCAGACAACAGUUUCCUUUCCACUUCAGUCCUUUUGUAGCUUCCCUUGUCCAUCUCUACAGCAGGCAAGAAAAUGUAUUCCUGAAUUAUAAAAAAAAAAGAGCUGGCGGUCAGAUCAAGUGCCCAAUCUGCCAAAUCUGAAGCAUCCAGCUUAUCUGAAAAACAGAAAUAGUUCACACUCUUCCACAGGCAUACAUCACGAGAAAACACACAACUUUUAACAGAAAUGACAAUCACAGUUAAAGUGACCUGAAUUUGAUCAUUGAUUGGCAUUUUUUGUACCUUAACAAAUGAGACAUAAAGCUGAAAAACAGCCAUCAUCGCAUCUUAAUUAUAUUAUUUAGUUGGUCAUUUAAUGUUUUGAUUUAUUUUUGGAUAUGCAAACCAGUAGAGGAUGAGAUUGGUGAAAGAAGAAGAAACUAAAUGACUGAGGUUGAAUCUGUGCUGACACUGCAAACAUUCGCCCUCACCUGCAGACUAACAUGGACAAAAAUGGUACCAGAGAGAUGCCAGAGUCGCAGCAGCUUGCUCUCUUCACCUCACCACUUUAAUUUUAAUGUUGAAAGUGCCAACCAUAUCACCACGUGGACAUCCGCGGAGCUAUAGUUCUGAAAGCCACAGACUGGGAACAAAAAUAAUGGGUCUCCUGUUCAGUUUCUUGGGUUCCCAUGUAAGAAAACUAGCUAGGAUACAGCAGGGGGAUAUAACAUAUACAAAAAACUCACAUUUGCUUUCAAUGCUGCAGGCAGGUUUUGUCUUUUAUUCUGCACAGAAAAAUCAACUGAUUCCUUCUGGAAACGUAACUUAUCAUGUUGCAUUUGUUUUGCAAUCAUUGGACCAAAUGUUUGAGGCCUUCUACGUCAACUAAGGAACAUUUCUGUGUACAAACACAGCCAUGAUGAUAGACUAUUCCCCUCUACAAGCUACAAAGUCCACCCCCCCUCUGCCAGAUAUCUUCAGUAGUUUUGUUUUGUGACAAAACUCUGUGGGUACGUUCGAGUCGCUGCCCCGUGAGGCUCCACCGAGAGUCACUCCGGAGGACAGAACCGACGUUUUGUGUGUUUGCAUGAGGUGUUUCCAAACUGUUGCGUAUUUAAUCUCAUGCUGCGUGUGACUAACUAGCUACUUAAGAUGGGAACUGUUUGGUUUGUUGAAUGCUCCUCAACUCUCUUGAAAGAGUCCUAAAUGUGAACUUUGUGGUUUUUCUAUUAAUAACAGUCUGAAAUGUCUGCCGAGUAAAGGAGAUAAAAUAGCUACUACAAUGUAAAACGACGAAAUGUAACUUUGAACUUCUAGACGUUUUUUAAUCACAUGUGGCCGUGUUUACUGUUUUUUCUAGUUGACUACUAAUGUAUGAUGUUGUGUACAAGUGGGAAUACUGUGUUUUAUUUCUUCUAAUUGUACAGCGUAUUUUGAAAUGAGAGAGUAAGAGGAAAAUGGGAGGAAAGGGAAUUAGUAGAGCUAUAGUCUGUAAUUCUUUCAUUCACCUUUCUGUCAGGGCAGGAAAUUCACCUUAUCUUCACUGGAUAAUUAGUGUUACAAUAUUAAUUUAGAUUUGAAUUGUCAACCAGCACUACUUAUUUCUAUUUGAUAAAUGAAUUCACUGCAGAUGAAGUGUUUUGUUGAAAAUUCAAAUCAGGAACUAAAGCUGUGAAUGUUAUUAGAAACUUAAUUGAAAAAGAUAGUCGGUGGUGUGAUUAGCAAAUUUGAACUGAAAGUACAUUUAUUUGUUAAUUUCUGUUUAAUGGAGACGAUAUCACCUGGUACUGUGAAACCAGUAUUAACCUAAAGGCCAAUCUGGCAGAAAAUAGAGAGGAUUUCGGAUAUAUAAUGUAACCCAAGUGUAUGUGUGUGUGGGUGUGUGUGUGUGUGUGUGUAUGCUUGUGUGUGUGCUUGUGUGUGUGCGCUUGGGUGUGCAUUUGAGACCUUGUACUGCAGUUCAUUGUACUUUUCUGUCAUGGUGAACUGAAGAACGCUUAACCCAGAGCCUGCGAAGCUGCGACUUCAUCACAAACAAAAAAGAAGGAACUAGAAGAACUCAUCAAAUGUCAUAAAUCGAACAGCAAUAACAACAGUAAUAUAUAUAUAUUAUAUAUAUAUUAAAGUAAUAAUGAAGACAGAAUCUCAACAGUUGGUUAUUUAUCUUCACAGUUGCUUGAUUACAUUUAGACUUUGGAACAGUCAAUAGAGCUGUUUCUCUGCAGAUGUAAGAUUGCACAUCUGUACAUAAAGAGUUAAACAUUUGCAGAAGAAGCUUGAGGCAAGCCAUUAUUUUGUUAAAUGUGGUUAAUAAACAUUGACUCAAGUUGUAGCAAAAUUCUAAAUCUGUGUGCUAAUAGUUCAAAAUCCUUCUUAAAAUAUGACCAUCCAUUUUAAGCCUAAACAUUCUGGCAAUGAUUAAUUGUUAUUACUGAAAUGUAUAAUACAUGUUUAAAUAAUAACAAACGUGAAAUAGUAUAAAUGUUUGAUAAGCAAAAAGAAGCAUCUCCGGCUUCAUUCCAACCAUUAGGAUAAAUAUCUGCGUGUUCAAAAAUUCAAAGCCCAUAAUUCUUUCAAAUGUUAAAUAUUUCACUAAAAUCUUAAAUAUUUAUUACCAACAAUAAAAAGUUAAAGCUUGAAAACACAUAUUUAGGUUUUAUUUUUUAAGAGAAAACCACUCAAAAUCUUAGGUAAUGUUUUUCCUCAGGAGUAUGUGGAUGUGGCAGAUUUGAUUGUCAGUGUCCAACUGUCAUCAUGUUUGGAUUCAAAUGUAGCUGAAUUCACAAUAUAAUUAACAACGUCGGUUUUAUGGGUCUUCAAAUAUUGCUUCUUGUGCUUGCAUACUUUGUUUGAUAAGGAAAUACAGCUGUUAAAGGUGCAACAAAGUAUGUUUGGAAUAUUGUGCAAAAGAAAACCGUAGGACCCAGUACAGAACCUUGAUUUACUCCCCAGUUUAACUCAGCUUCUAUAUAUAGUUAGUAGACAACUUGUCGUCUUAUAGACUAAACAUUUUGUCCUGCAAAUUGUUUAAUACUCUGAAAAUGUAUUGCUCUAUAUUUUAUUGUUUUACACAUCAUAAACAAGCAUGCUAUAGGAGUAUUUAGAGAGUGCAAUAACACAUAUUCAUUAUACCUUUAAAACAAUCACAAUGUCAGUAUGUCAUCAAUGCAGCAACAUGCCAGUGAAAGUGGCAUUUUCCAAACUGUGGCUCUGGGUUGACUUGUUAAUGUUCACCAUUGACUAGAACAUCUAUGUGGGUGUCUUCUCUUUUUAUGAUGGUUUUCCCACAGGUGACUGACUGUACAUAAACUAGACAGUUGGGAAUAAAGUAGACAGUGGAAAAGGA